AUGCUGGGCAGCAGCGUCAAGAGCGUGCAGCCCGAGGUGGAGCUGAGUGGCGGCGGCGGCGGGGACGAGGGCGCGGACGAGCCUCGGGGCACCGGGAGGAAGGCGGCAGCGGCGGACGGCAGAGGCAUGCUGCCCAAGCGCGCCAAGGCGCCCGGCGGCGGUGGCGGCAUGGCCAAGGCCAGCGCGGCCGAGCUGAAGGUCUUCAAGUCUGGCAGCGUGGACGGCCGAGUCCCCGGAGGACCUCCCGCCUCCAACCUGCGCAAGCAGAAGUCGCUCACCAACCUCUCGUUCCUCACCGACUCGGAGAAAAAGCUGCAGCUCUAUGAGCCCGAGUGGAGCGACGAUAUGGCCAAGGCGCCCAAGGGCUUGGGCAAGGCGGGGUCCAAAGGCCGCGAGGCUCCGCUUAUGUCCAAGACGCUGUCCAAGUCGGAGCACUCGCUCUUCCAGGCAAAGGGCAGCCCGGCGGCCGGCGCCAAGACCCCCCUGGCUCCCCUCGCGCCCAGCCUGGGAAAGCCGAGCCGGAUCCCGCGCGGCCCCUACGCUGAGGUCAAGCCGCUCAGCAAGGCUCCUGAGGCAGCCGUGAGCGACGAUGGCAAGUCGGACGAUGAGCUGCUCUCUAGCAAGGCCAAGGCGCAAAAGGGCUCCGGGCCCGUGCCCUCCGCCAAGGGCCAGGAGGAGCGCGCCUUCCUCAAGGUGGACCCCGAGCUCGUGGUGACCGUGCUGGGAGACCUGGAGCAGCUGCUCUUCAGCCAGAUGCUGGACCCAGAGUCCCAGAGAAAGAGGACAGUGCAGAAUGUCCUGGAUCUUCGACAGAACCUGGAAGAGACCAUGUCCAGUCUGCGAGGGUCCCAGGUGACUCACAGCUCCCUGGAGAUGACGUGCUACGACAGUGAUGACGCCAACCCUCGCAGUGUGUCCAGCCUCUCCAGCCGCUCGUCCCCCCUCUCCUGGCGCUAUGGCCAGUCCAGCCCGCGGCUGCAGGCUGGGGACGCGCCCUCAGUGGGCGGGGGCUGCCGCUCGGACGGGCCACCCGCCUGGUACAUGCACGGGGAACGGGCCCACUACUCGCACACCAUGCCCAUGCGCAGCCCCAGCAAGCUCAGCCACAUCUCCCGCCUGGAGCUGGUCGAGUCCCUGGACUCGGACGAGGUGGACCUCAAGUCCGGCUACAUGAGCGACAGCGACCUCAUGGGCAAGACCAUGACGGAGGACGACGACAUCACUACCGGCUGGGAUGAGAGCAGCUCCAUCAGCAGUGGGCUCAGUGAUGCCUCGGACAACCUCAGCUCAGAAGAGUUCAAUGCCAGUUCCUCCCUCAACUCCCUCCCAACGACGCCCACUGCUUCUCGCAGGAACUCUACAGUAGCGCUCCGCACAGACUCAGAGAAGCGCUCACUGGCCGAAAGUGGGCUGAGCUGGUUUAGUGAGUCAGAGGAGAAGGCCCCCAAAAAACUGGAGUACGACAGCGGUAGCCUGAAGAUGGAACCCGGGACUUCAAAGUGGCGGAGAGAGCGGCCCGAGAGCUGUGAUGAUUCAUCCAAGGUUGGAGAACUGAAAAAGCCUGUGAGCCUCGGACACCCCGGUUCCCUGAAGAAGGGCAAGACCCCACCAGUGGCUGUCACGUCCCCCAUCACUCACACCGCCCAGAGCGCCCUCAAAGUCGCAGGCAAACCUGAAGGCAAAGCUGCCGACAAGGGUAAACUUGCCGUGAAGAACACGGGGCUGCAGCGCUCCUCUUCGGACGCCGGCCGGGACCGCCUGAGCGAUGCCAAGAAGCCUCCCUCUGGCAUUGCUCGCCCCUCCACUUCGGGGUCUUUUGGCUACAAGAAGCCGCCGCCCGCCACAGGCACAGCCACCGUCAUGCAGACCGGUGGUUCAGCCACUCUCAGCAAGAUCCAGAAGUCCUCAGGCAUCCCUGUCAAGCCCGUGAACGGACGCAAGACUAGCCUAGAUGUGUCCAACAGUGCGGAGCCAGGAUUCCUGGCUCCUGGCGCCCGUUCCAACAUCCAGUACCGAAGCCUGCCCCGGCCAGCCAAGUCUAGCUCUAUGAGCGUGACCGGCGGCCGGGGCGGACCUCGCCCUGUCAGCAGCAGUAUUGACCCCAGCCUCCUCAGCACGAAGCAGGGGGGCCUUACCCCCUCCCGACUAAAGGAACCUUCCAAGGUGGCCAGCGGGCGGACCACUCCAGCCCCUGUCAAUCAGACGGAUCGGGAAAAGGAGAAAGCCAAAGCCAAGGCAGUGGCCUUGGACUCAGACAACAUCUCCCUGAAGAGCAUUGGCUCCCCAGAGAGUACUCCUAAGAACCAAGCCAGCCACCCCCCAGCCACCAAGUUGGCGGAGCUGCCACCAACCCCUCUCAGGGCCACAGCUAAGAGCUUUGUCAAGCCACCCUCACUAGCCAACCUAGACAAGGUCAACUCCAACAGUCUGGAUCUGCCAUCAUCAAGUGAUGCCCACGCUUCCAAGGUCCCAGAUCUGCAUCCCACAAGCUCAGCAAGCGGGAGCCCUCUUCCUUCUUGCUUCACCCCCAGUCCAGCACCCAUUCUCAAUAUUAACUCAGCCAGCUUCUCCCAGGGCCUGGAGCUAAUGAGUGGUUUCAGUGUCCCCAAAGAGACCCGCAUGUACCCCAAACUCUCAGGCCUGCACAGGAGCAUGGAGUCCCUCCAGAUGCCAAUGAGCCUGCCCAGUGCCUUCCCCAGCAGUACUCCUGGCCCCACCCCACCUGCCCCCGCUGCUGUACCCCCAGAGGAAGAGGCAGAAGAGCUGGCCUGGAGCGGAAGCCCCAGAACUGGGCAGUUGGACAGUAAUCAGCGGGAUCGGAACACUCUUCCCAAGAAAGGGCUCAGGUACCAGCUUCAGUCCCAGGAGGAGACCAAGGAGAGGCGACACUCUCAUACCAUUGGUGGGCUGCCCGAGUCCGACGACCAGUCAGAGCUGCCUUCCCCCCCUGCACUCUCCAUGUCCUUGAGCGCAAAGGGCCAGCUCACCAACAUAGUGAGUCCCACUGCGGCCACCACGCCAAGAAUCACCCGCUCCAACAGCAUCCCCACCCACGAGGCGGCCUUCGAGCUGUACAGCGGCUCCCAAAUGGGGAGCACCCUGUCCCUGGCCGAGAGACCCAAGGGGAUGAUUCGGUCAGGAUCCUUCCGAGACCCCACGGACGAUGUUCAUGGCUCAGUGCUGUCCCUGGCCUCCAGUGCCUCCUCCACUUACUCCUCAGCUGAGGAGAGGAUGCAAUCCGAGCAAAUCCGGAAGCUUCGUAGGGAACUGGAAUCAUCCCAGGAAAAAGUGGCCACCCUGACGUCUCAACUUUCUGCCAAUGCUAAUCUAGUGGCAGCUUUCGAGCAGAGCCUGGUGAAUAUGACAUCCCGCCUCCGACACCUGGCAGAGACAGCAGAGGAGAAGGACACUGAGCUGCUGGAUUUACGAGAAACUAUAGACUUCCUGAAGAAAAAGAACUCUGAAGCACAGGCCGUCAUUCAGGGAGCCCUUAAUGCCUCAGAAACCACCCCCAAAGAACUCCGGAUCAAGAGACAGAACUCCUCGGACAGCAUCUCGAGCCUCAACAGCAUCACCAGCCAUUCCAGCAUUGGCAGCAGCAAGGAUGCUGAUGCAAAAAAGAAGAAAAAAAAGAGCUGGGUCUAUGAGCUUCGAAGUUCCUUCAACAAAGCCUUCAGUAUAAAAAAGGGACCCAAGUCCGCUUCUUCAUACUCUGACAUUGAGGAGAUCGCCACACCGGACUCCUCCGCCCCUUCAUCCCCCAAACUACAGCGCGGCUCCGCAGAGGCCGCUUCGCCCUCCGUCAAGUCCUCCAGCCCCUCCUCUGUGGGCACAGAUGGCGCCGAGGGCCCUGCUCACCCGGCCCCCCACACCAGGCUGUUCCAUGGCAAUGAGGAGGAGGAACCGGAGAAGAAAGAGGUAUCGGAACUGCGCUCCGAGCUGUGGGAGAAAGAGAUGAAGCUUACAGACAUCCGCUUGGAAGCCCUCAACUCUGCCCACCAACUGGACCAACUUCGGGAGACAAUGCACAACAUGCAGUUGGAGGUGGACCUGCUGAAAGCCGAGAACGACCGGCUGAAGGUCGCCCCAGGCCCCUCAUCGGGCUCCACUCCAGGGCAGGUCCCCGGAUCUUCUGCGUUAGCCUCCCCUCGCCGCUCCCUGGGCCUUGCCCUCACCCAUUCCUCCAGCCCAAGUCUCACUGACACAGACCUGUCACCCAUGGAUGGCAUCAGCACCUGUGGUCUAAAGGAGGAAGUGACCCUUCGGGUGGUGGUGCGGAUGCCCCCCCAGCACAUCAUCAAAGGGGACUUGAAACAGCAGGAAUUCUUCCUAGGAUGUAGCAAGGUCAGUGGGAAAGUGGACUGGAAGAUGCUGGAUGAAGCUGUUUUCCAAGUGUUCAAGGACUACAUUUCUAAGAUGGACCCAGCCUCCACCCUGGGACUGAGCACCGAGUCCAUCCAUGGCUAUAGCAUCAGCCACGUGAAGCGGGUGUUGGAUGCGGAGCCCCCAGAGAUGCCUCCCUGCCGCCGAGGUGUCAACAACAUAUCAGUCUCCCUCAAAGGUCUGAAGGAGAAGUGCGUCGACAGCCUGGUGUUCGAGACACUGGUCCCCAAGCCGAUGAUGCAGCACUACAUAAGCCUCCUGCUCAAGCACCGGCGCCUCGUCCUCUCGGGCCCCAGCGGCACGGGCAAGACCUACCUGACCAACCGGCUGGCUGAGUACUUGGUGGAGCGCUCCGGCCGCGAGGUCACCGAGGGCAUCGUCAGCACCUUCAACAUGCACCAGCAGUCUUGCAAGGAUCUGCAACUCUAUCUCUCCAACCUGGCCAACCAGAUAGACCGGGAAACAGGAAUUGGGGAUGUCCCGCUGGUGAUCCUCCUGGAUGACCUGAGUGAAGCAGGCUCCAUCAGUGAGCUGGUCAAUGGGGCUCUCACGUGCAAGUACCACAAAUGUCCUUAUAUCAUAGGUACCACCAAUCAGCCUGUAAAAAUGACACCUAAUCAUGGCUUGCACUUGAGCUUCAGGAUGCUGACCUUCUCCAACAACGUGGAGCCAGCCAAUGGCUUCCUGGUUCGUUACCUGAGGAGGAAGCUGGUAGAGUCGGACAGUGACAUCAAUGCCAACAAGGAAGAGCUGCUUCGGGUGCUCGACUGGGUGCCCAAGCUGUGGUACCAUCUCCACACCUUCCUUGAGAAGCACAGCACCUCAGACUUCCUCAUCGGCCCUUGCUUCUUUCUGUCCUGUCCCAUUGGCAUUGAGGACUUCCGGACCUGGUUCAUUGACCUGUGGAAUAAUUCCAUCAUUCCCUACCUACAGGAAGGAGCGAAGGAUGGGAUCAAGGUCCAUGGACAGAAAGCUGCUUGGGAGGACCCAGUGGAGUGGGUCCGGGACACUCUUCCCUGGCCGUCAGCCCAACAAGACCAGUCGAAGCUAUACCACCUGCCCCCUCCCACCGUGGGCCCUCAUAGCAUUGCCUCACCUCCCGAGGAUAGGACAGUCAAAGAUAGCACCCCAAGUUCUUUGGACUCAGACCCCCUGAUGGCCAUGCUGCUGAAACUUCAGGAAGCUGCCAAUUACAUUGAGUCUCCAGAUCGAGAAACCAUCCUGGACCCCAACCUCCAGGCCACGCUUUGAGGGUCCAGCAGUCACUGUCACCCCGGACAGCAGAAUGCUGGCAUCAGCGACGUUCUCUCCUCCUCUCCCCUCUCUUGUUCCAGAGGACUGGCUCUCCGGCCCGAGAGAACAGGAGGGGGAGGAGGAGGUGAAGGAAGAGGGCAGGUUCUUGGUGCUGCACCUUGAGAACUUCCUAGGAAGGACUGGUGGGGUGGAGUUUGGAAACUUGUGUCCCCUAGAUAUAUUUACUGGCCUCCUCUCAUGACUUUGGGGAAAAGAUGACUCUGGGUCUUUUUCCUUGAUUUCGUGUCUCAAUUAUAAACUCCUAGGCUUUCUGGGGAGGGGUUCAGAAGACAUCAGAAAAACCGGCAGCAGUUCCUAACUGAUUCUCAUGAACAGCUCUGGGAGAGACAGCCCUGUGUGGGGAAAUCUGAGGGAGGAGGAAGCUCCUCAGAAUUUCUCACAGACCCUUCCGAGUUCCGUCACCACUGCCAAUAACUCUUCCCCCAGAGAUCUGGCUGGAGCCCAGAAAAAGAAGCAUGUGGUUUAAAAAAAUGUUUAAAUCAAUCUGUAAAAGGUAUUUUAAAAAAAACACACACACAAAAA